AUGAUGACGAGCACCCGUAACGGCCCGGACAAAGGGUACGGCCAUCUGGUUUCGGUGGCGUCAGUGGCCGGGCUGUCGGGUAGUGUCCGUUUGGCCGACUAUUGUGCCUCAAAGUUCGCCGCCGUAGGCCUGGAGGAGGCUUUAAGGCUGGAGCUGCACAGCGAUGGCUACACUGGCAUCAAGUCUACGGUGGUUUGUCCUUACUUUAUCAACACAGGCAUGUUUGCUGGCGUUAGCUCCAGCAUAAUACCAAUCAUGGAGCCCACGUGGGUGGCCGACGAGAUUAUGGCCGCCGUACUGACGAACCAAGAGAUGUUGGUCUUGCCUAAGCUUUUCUAUACACUACUGGCCCUUAAAUCGUCAUCCAUGGCUACCCCUACCCUUUUGCUCCACAUUUUUAUGUGA